AUCUACUGAUGUGCCAGUGCCACCACCAAGCCAGUCCGAUUGCAAUCCCACUGACGCCGCGCCUGCCAUCUCCACACUCUCACCCCGCCGCGACGCCGCCUGCCCGCUCGAUAGCGACCUCCAUGCGAGGGACGGCGGAGCCCUAGAUACCUCGUGGCCGUCCCCCACUGGCGCCACUUCCUCCCGUCCUGACGACAUUGGUGAGCCGCCGCAACCCUAGUGGGGAAAAAUUGCAGCUUUGCUUCCCCGCGACAUCGGCCACCCUAGAUUCUUUUCCUUUCUGUUUAUAUUCAUGCGAUUCGCCGAGGAAUUGAUAAGUGAUGGCGUCUGGUUGCUUCCCCGCGAUGUAGUGCGGCAGUGAACGGAGAAAGACAGGUAGCCCGUGCUCCUGCGUUGCUUCAUGCACUGGCUGUAGUGUGUGCCGUGUGCUGGGCAUUGUCUGCUCGGUAUGUGGAGGGCCAGAGCCAAACUGGGCAGCUGAGAGUGGAUGCCUCGCCGCAGAAUGCUAGGAAGAUCCCUGAUAAGAUGUUCGGUAUCUUUUUUGAGGAGAUCAACCAUGCUGGAGCUGGUGGGUUGUGGGCAGAGCUUGUAAGCAACAGAGGUUUCGAGGCUGGUGGCCCUAAUACACCUUCCAAUAUCGAUCCAUGGUUGAUCAUUGGGGAUGAAUCAAGUAUCAUUGUUGGAACUGAUCGGACUUCUUGUUUUGCGCGUAAUCCGAUUGCACUUCGGAUGGAAGUUCUUUGUGAUUCUAAAAGAACCAAUGCCUGCCCAUCCGGAGGUGUUGGGGUCUACAAUCCUGGUUACUGGGGAAUGAACAUUGAAAAAGGGAAGGUUUAUAAGGUGAGCAUGCAUAUUAGGUCAUCAGAUGCGGUGUCCUUGACCGUAUCAUUGACAAGUUCUGAUGGUCGACAAAAACUCUCUGCUCAUACCAUCACAGGUAGCAAGAAAUCCUUUGCAAAAUGGACAAAGAUAGAAUUCAAUUUGAAGUCCAGGCAAAAUAAUAUCAACUCCAGGCUUCAACUUACAACCAGCAAGAGCGGGGUGAUUUGGCUUGAUCAAGUGUCAGUCAUGCCAUUGGACACUUACAUGGGGCAUGGUUUUCGGAAAGAUCUUUCUUUGAUGUUGGCCAAUCUCAAGCCUCAGUUUCUCAAAUUUCCAGGUGGUAACUAUGCCAUGGGAAAUUACCUACGAAAUGCAUUUCGGUGGAGUGAAACUGUGGGACCAUGGGAGGAAAGACCUGGUCACUUCAACGAUGCCUGGGGAUACUGGACUGAUGAUGGACUUGGAUUUUUUGAAUUCCUUCAGUUGGCUGAAGACCUCGAUGCUUCACCAGUUUGGGUGGUAAAUGAUGGUGCAAGCCUUAAUGAAGAAGUUUCUACUGCAACAAUUGCAUCAUUGGUUAAGGAUGUUGUUGAUGGCAUCGAGUUUGCCAGGGGAGGACCCAAAACACCUUGGGGUUCAGUUCGUGCAGCAAUGGGACAUCCAGAACCUUUUAACCUUGAUUAUGUUUCAAUAGGAAAUCAAGAAUGCUGGAUGCUCUACUACAGAGGAAAUUACCAAAAGUUUUAUUCUGCAAUUAAAGCUGCCUACCCCGAGGUCAACAUUAUAUCAAGUUGUGAUAGAUCAACUAUUUCUCCAUCCAACCCUGCUGAUCUGUAUGAUGUUCAUGUCUACACCUCUUCAAGUAAUAUGUUUUCCAGAACUAGUAUGUUUGACAACACACCACGUAGUGCGCCCAAGGCAAUUGUUAGCGAGUAUGCUGUGACUGGGAAUGAUGCUGGCAAAGGAACACUGGUAGCAGCACUAGCAGAAGCUGCAUUUCUCAUUGGAUUGGAAAGGAACAGUGAUGUGGUCGAGAUGGCGAGCUGUGCACCCCUUUUUGUAAAUGACAAUGAUCGCAGGUGGAGCCCAGACGCCAUCGUCUUCAACUCGUGGCAGCACUAUGGAUGCCCAAACUAUUGGAUGCUACACUUCUUCAAAGAUUCGAGUGGCGCUGCCCUUCACCCUACAAACAUUGAGAUCUCCGACUACGAUCAGCUGGUUGCAUCUGCCAUCACUUUGCAGAAUGCUAAAGACAAAAGCACUUACCUCAGAAUAAAGGUGGUAAAUUUCGGCAACAGAGCUGUGGAUCUCAACAUCUCUGUGGUUGGGUUGGCAAACAGCAUCAAGAUGUCUGGAUCGAAACAGACGGUUCUAACAUCCAGCAGUCCACUUGACGAGAAUUCCUUCGAGCAGUCGGAGAAGGUGGCGCCGGUGUCAAGCCCGUUGGCAAACGCCAAGCCGCAGAUGGGCGUGUCCGUGAGGCCGUACUCCCUCACCUCGUUUGACCUACUGCUGGAGGCGAGCGAGCAUGCCAGCAUCUGAAGAAGCAACUGUGGUAGCUGCGGCGGCCAACCCAACGACGAGGAAAGACUGUAUUGCAUAGCCAGAGUAUCAGUAGUUGUUGGAUACGUACGGACCGGCGAUGUCCUAAUAAUUAACACGUGGUUUGCCUAAGGCUGAUGUUUAAAGUUCCAAUGACUCCCUGGCUACCGCCAACUCGUGAAUAGAAAGGAUCUUAUUGGCAAGGAGAACAA